GAAAAGUGUUUCUGUAACUAAGAAAAUUCACCUUGCGAUAUGAUUGUGGUGAGUUGUUAACAUAUCGAUGGUACGAUUGAAAUGGAACAAACCAUCUGUCAUUUCUAGCGCGAAAUUGUCUUGUUUACGUUAAAUAAAAGUUAAAAGUUGGAAUAUUAAUUAUAAAUCCGCCAUUUGUUUGUUUGUUUUCGAUUAGUUAACAACUUAAAAUUAUGCUAGCAGCUGCAUUAAUUGCUUUGGCAACUGACCAAAGGAAUAUGUUACGAGUUCAUAGACGCCAUUUAAGGGAUGCAACUGACCCAUUUCAUUUACCAGAAGCUCGGUUUGAAGAGCUUUUUCGCUUUAAAAAAGAAGCUGCAAUUGCUCUAUUGAAUGAAAUAAGUCCUUUUAUGAAAAACGGAGAAAGAGCCACGUUUAUUCCAAAGCACUAAGGAUGACUGCAGCACUGCAUUACUUUGCAACGGGAUCGUUUUUAAGGGAUGUUGGCCAGGAUUUCGUUUGCUCUUUAAGUAAAACAAUGGUUUGUCGUUCUAUAAAAGAAGUUACAUACAUCAUAGAAGAAAAGUUGAUGUGCAAUUAUAUUAAAUUUCCAACUACACUGGAGGAUCAAAACAGAAUUCGACGAAGCUUUUUUUCUGCUACUGGUUUUCCUGGGUGCAUUGGUGCUAUUGAUUGCACGCACAUAAAGAUUAAAAAGCCAACGGCCGAUGUUGAGAGCUGCUAUAUUAAUAGAAAAGGAUAUUUUUCAAAAAAUGUGCAAUUAUUAUGCGACUACAACCUUAACAUAUUGGCUGGCAAUGCACGUUUUGGUGGUAGUACCCAUGAUGCAUUCAUAUGGGAAAACAGUAUAUGCAAGGAGUUUUUGGAAAGACAAUAUAGUCGUGAUGAAAAUACAAGUUGGCUGAUUGGAGAUUUCGAAAUACGGAAACGACUGGCCAAACCAUUUUUAAUUUUUGUCAUAUUCGGGCUCGAAACUGUGUGGAAAGACUAAAUGGGGUCCUAAAGAAAGUAUUCGCUUGCUUGUCACAUGAACGUGGAGUUCUAGUUAAACCAGAAUAUGCUGGUUCAAUAAUUAACGCUUGCUUAACUUUGCAUAAUUUCAGAUUGAAGCAUAAUCUAACUAUUCCCGACGUAUGCCUAAUUACAAUUUCAAAUAGGGAAGCAGACUUUUCCGAAGAAAAUCGCUCAAACGACAAUAUUUUUAAUCAAGGAAGAAGGGUUCGGGAGAGCA